AUGGCUUACCCUCAACGCCCAGCGCAGAGGCCUCCGCCCGUGAGAAACUACGGCCCUCGUCCUUCUCGGCCCGCGGGUCCGCCCCAAGACGGGAAGCGCGAUAUGGCUAUCCAGGUGACCAAGCGGUCCCCAGAUCAUACGGACCCCCACGAGGUGCUCCGCGCACGCCUCGCGGAGGCUAUGGCCCUCCCAUGGAGUCACGACCGGACCGUGGGUAUGCGCCAGGGGGUCGCCCACCGCCGAAUGGAUACGAUGGUUCUCGCGGUUAUGGCAAUAGGAGGGCGCCAUCGCGACAAGAUCGUUCAAGGCCUCGUGACACCGCCUUCCUCGAGUGCAUGGGACAACCCAUUCCCGGCAUUCCCCUUGCAGGAGCCACGUAGCCGGGCUGGCUCAACAGGAAUUGACACUGGCAUGGCGAGGAUGGAUCUCAAUAGCCCAAUGUCGCCCGUAACGGUCCCCGACCGUCCGCAUACGUCGCAUGGGCGACGACAGGACAUGCCUCGACAGCCGCGCCCUGGGUCUGCUGGCCGGGGUAGAGGAGACUACCCUGCUGGCCCCAUUAGGUCUGCCAGCCAAGGGCGUCCCUCGACUGGGCGAUCGGAUCGCAGCGAACGGAGCGAGCGGUCAUAUACCGACCCUAGCGGACCACCGCCGAUACCUCAUGUCAAUAGAAGCGCAACCAUGCCCGUUACAGCUGCGCCGCCAAUAGCACCACCCGUGGGUAAACCAAUGUACCCUGGACAGGCGACAUACCAAGACCCUGCAUAUCCGGCAAAAGCCAACGCGCACAAGUCUCUUCAUAUCGAGGCAUUACUGGAUAGUUAUUAUAGCUCGGCCCACGCAGGCGAACCUGACAUGCCCAAUUUUGACGCCAUACCGGAGGACGGCUAUGGCGGGGCAAUUGACGAAAGCUUACCGGGAUUAGAGCAACCGAAACCGAAAACACCUGCUCCUUCUGCUCCUCAAGGCCAUUACGCAGCAUUCAAGCCACAGCCUACUGAAGUCCACCAUGCCCAGUCUCAGCCGGAUAUGAGACCAGGGGGUGUACCAAACCAAUUCGAAAAUGCUGGAUUUCACUUUGACAUUCCUGCGUCCGCGCCCGCUGCGCAGCACCAGGAUGGGAUAGAUUACGGGUUCGGAUACGAAGACUCAAUGCAGACCCAGCACCACCAACAGCAGCAGCAGCAGCAGCAGCAACAACAACAACAACAACAUGGAAGCUGGGGUUCACAAAUGAACGCAUAUCCUGAUGAACAGCCCGGCUACGCGAGUCGUGAGGGUUCUAUUCGCAGCAACGGCCCUCCUCGCCCUUAUCGGGCCAACCAGCCUGCAUAUACGAACGAACCGCCGCCACCAAUGGCCACCCAGGUAGAGCCCGUAGAUCCCGAACAGAAUCCUGAUGCUCUCCCCCAUCAUCCGGUGCCUUUCCGACCGGGACAUGACCAAGGUAGCAAACCAGCACCUGUACGACAGUAUAACGGCGGAGUUGACUCCCCACCGCCUCCUGCUGUUGCCCCACAAGGCCCUCCGGCCGACUCAUCCCCCGGGCCAGUCACGCAAGAAGAACUUCAACAAUUGCAGCGCGUGGCCAAGAGCAAUCCUUCGGACCAGAAGACACAACUGUUACUCGCCCAGAAACUGGCCGAGGCCUCGGUGGUUCUGGUUGAGAGCAGUCGAUUGGAUCCUAAGUCUAAGGCGAAAGCGAAGGAGAAGUAUACGGCAGAUGCGUACAAAAUCGUCAAAAAGUUGGUGUCUAGCGGGUACCCGGACGCGCAGUUCUUUUUGGCGGAUUGCUACGGCCAAGGGCUACUGGGCCUUCCGGUUGAUCACAAAGAAGCUUUCCACUUGUACCAAACCGCUGCCAAGAAAGGACAUGCCCAGUCAGCCUACCGAACAGCCGUGUGCUGCGAAAUUGGCGCGGAAGACGGCGGCGGCACCAAGCGGGAUCCUUUCAAGGCUGUAUACUGGUAUAGGCAUGCUGCAUCCUUGGGUGAUCCGCCAGCAAUGUAUAAGAUGGGCAUGAUCAUGCUCAAGGGGCUUCUCGGUCAGGCGAAGAGCCCUCGCGAUGGUAUCUCAUGGUUGAAGCGUGCCGCGGAACGGGCUGAUGCCGAAAACCCACACGCUCUGCAUGAGCUCGCCCUAAUGUAUGCUAACGCGGGCCCUAACGACGUCGUCAUCCGCGAUGAGGCGUAUGCUAGUCAACUAUUCCAUCAAGCUGCCGAGCUAGGGUAUAAAUUCUCCCAGUUCCGCCUAGGCACCGCCUAUGAGCAUGGGAUGAUGGGGUGUCCGGUUGACCCCCGGCAGAGUAUCUUUUGGUAUACCCAUGCUGCAGCGCAGGGCGAGCACCAAAGUGAACUGGCCCUGAGUGGAUGGUAUUUGACUGGCGCGGAGGGGAUUUUACAGCAGAGCGACACGGAAGCCUACCUCUGGGCCCGCAAGGCCGCCACUUCCAGUCUUGCAAAAGCAGAGUAUGCGAUGGGCUACUACACGGAAGUCGGGAUUGGUGUCACCGCCAACAUGGAGGAUGCGAAGCGAUGGUAUUGGCGGGCAGCUGCCCAAGGAUUCCCUAAAGCUCGUGAACGUCUUGAGGAAAUCAAAAAGGGCGGAGCUCGAAUGCAAAAGGCUCGACUCUCUCGGUCUAACGUCGCACAACAGAAGCAGACCGAAGGCGACUGUACCCUCAUGUGA